AUGGAUCCUUUUAUUAUUGCAGCUAUAAUUAGUGCAAUUGUUAUAGUAUUACUAUCCGUUGCUUUCUUACGGGUAGGAUCGCAAAUAAAACCACAAGGUGGAGCAAGGCCUAGAGCAGUAGCCCAGAGAGAUGGAGGUCCUGGAAGAGUACAAGCUGUUCGUAAUCAAAGAGCACGGAUGAGAGCCAAUGCUGCUCGACACCAAGCUGCGGCUCUCGAGGAGGAACCAGAUGUAGUAGAUGAAGUUGAAGAAGAUAAUCCUACUGAGACUCAAAAAGUUGAAUUUGAUGAUAAAAUGGGUGCUAAGAAAAGGGCUAAGCUGGAAGCAAAAAUGGAGAAAAAGAAGGCUAGGGAAGCAGAAGAGCAAAUGAGAGAGAUCAAAAAGAAGAAAGAUGAAGAACUAGAACAAGAAAGGAAAAAGAUUGAAGAAAAACAGGAGGAAGAAGAACGUCAGAGAGAGGAAGCUGAGCGUAAAGCAGAAGAGGAACGUAAGAGACGCGAACAAGAAGAAUAUGAAGCUAUGAAAGCAGCAUUUACUGUGGAAGGCGAGGGUUUUGACGAGAAUGACGAUCAGGAUAAAGAAAACUUACUGAAAGACUUCAUUGACUACAUAAAGGCACAAAAGGUAGUUUUGCUUGAAGAUCUGGCGGCACAUUUCAAACUGAAGACACAGGCUGCAAUCGACAGGAUAACAGAAUUGCAAUCUUCUGGUGAACUUACUGGUGUUAUAGACGACAGGGGAAAAUUCAUUUACAUAUCACAGAAAGAGCUUGAAGAUGUUGCUAAAUUCAUUAGACAAAGAGGCAGAGUUUCUAUCACAGACUUAGCAGAGUCUAGUAACGAUUUGAUCAAUUUGAAUCCUGUGACUGUACCCUAG